UCGGCCCCAUAUAAAAACGUCGAUGAUUGAUCACCCACCGCUACAAAAUCAAAUCAAAUCAUUGUGCUCUAGGGUUCAUUCAUUCAUAUACAUCCUCUUCUCCCUCACCGACCUUAACAACACAACCGUAACGCUACCUUCUAACGCUUUCAAGAAUCACAUUUUUUUAUAAUCUAUAUGGGGGACGCAGACAACGCUUUUCCACCUAACAAAAAACGAGCUGCUGGUAGAGAAUUGUCUCGGGAUAACCCGGGUCUUGAUGAUGAAGAAGAGGUUCCGGGGGAAGAAACGGGUACAUUCAAAAGGGCGAGUGAUGAAGUGCUGGCAAAUAGAAGAAUAGUCAAAGUCAAACGUGGUCAAACAUCAUCAACCCCCUCUGCAUCUUCUAAUCCUUUCGCCGCCAUUCGUUUGGUACCCCCUGCAACUUCCACUCCUGCUUUUGCACCCUCCGACAAGUCUCAAGAGAUUGAAGACCCCGCGUUGAGAAAUGACGAAAAUGCCCCUGCAGCCGAGAAAGAGAAUGAUGGGGAAAUGGGAAGCUUGGUGGGAAAUGACGGAACUACCCCUGCAUCCGAGAAAGAGAACUGCGAAAAGGGGGACACAGUGGUUGGAAAUGACCACAAUGCCCCUGAAGCCGAGAAAGAGAAGAGUGAGAAAAAGGAAAACUUAGUGGAAAAUGACGGAAAUACCCAUGUGGAGGAAGAGAAAAAUGAAAGCAAAGACAAGUUAGAGGGAAAUGACGCAACUACCCCUGUAUCCGAGAAAGAGAACAAAGAUGGAAAUGACGAAAAGACCCCUGUGGGCGGAUCAGUUAACUCAUUUCAACAGCUUUCGAGUAGCCAAAACGCGUUCACGGGGCUUGCCGGGACGGGUUUUUCAAACUCGACCUUUUCGUUCGGGUCGAUCCCGCAAAACAACUCGCCUGGUUUCUCAUCGUUCGGUUUCGGUACAAACGGAAACUCGUCUCUGUUUGGCAACACGGAUAAGAAAACUGAGGGAACCAAAAUAACACCGGCUAUCAUGCAAGAAGUACAAGUGGAAACCGGUGAAGAAAACGAAAAGGCGGUUUUCACAGCCGAUUCUAUACUUUUUGAGUUUAUCGAUGGUGGAUGGAAGGAACGCGGGAAAGGAGAACUAAAAGUCAACGUGUUGACUUCCGAAACAAGAAAAGCUAGACUUGUGAUGAGGGCUAGAGGGAAUUAUAGAUUGAUUUUAAACGCUAGUAUUUUUCCCGAUAUGAAGCUGACUAAUAUGGAGAAAAAAGGGAUCACGUUUGCAUGUUUGAACAGUACCGGUGAAGGGCAAAAUGGUCUUUCGACUUUUGCAUUGAAGUUCAAAGAUGCAUCAAUUGUUGAAGAGUUUCAUUCGGUUGUUAUGGCGCAUAAAGGAAACCAGUCGACCGGUGCGCUAAAUUUGAAGACGCCUGAAAAUUCACCAAAAGAAUCGGAAGAGUAGAUCGGAAUCGGAAUCGGAAUCAACGAAAGGGUAAAGAGGUGAAAGUUUGAACUCUAUCUAAUGUUGGACCUUGUUGCAGAGUCUAAAUGUUAGGACUUUCAUAUCUUUAUAGACAUUUUGUUGUGUAGGAGUCUUAUAUAACUUUUGUAUGUUAUAGUUAAUGGUGUUUUACUUGGGAGUCGAGUCUUCAUCA